AAAAUGGUGUCUACUAAGACUUUCUAUUAGCUACCUUAGUUUGAUAUUUAUUUCAACUAACUAGUAGAAGAUUAAUAUAUGAAAAUAAUUAUAUCUAUCUUGGAAGCAAUCUAACAGAUAAAGCUUCAACAUUUAACAAGACUAACAAAAUAAAGGAAGAAUUAAUCAUAUCACCAAUUAACUCAAAUGGAUCUCCUCUAAAAUGAUACCAAAAAAAGAAUUUUUCCUCUGGAAAACAUCGAUAAUCCGCAUAUCACCUAUUCGAGUUUAGCAUAUUAAACAGCCCAUCAAAAACUCCAAAGAAUGAUAUAAUAAAACUAUAAUGAAAAUCUCUAAAGACGAUAACCUGAAUUUAUACUAGCAACAAGGAAAAUUAUGCAAUACUCUUAAAUUUAAGAUGAAUGA